AUGUAUUUGAAAAGGGUUUAUUUUUUUAUUGGUGGUAAAAAAAAUAUAAAUAAUCUUCAAAGAGUAUUAUCAAUAUUAGAAUCAUUACCAGAGAAUAUUGAUACAGUUGAAAUUGAAAAUAGUUCACAUCGACCAUCAGCAAAUAUUUUUAAAUCUGGGUUCAUACCUCGUUCAGUAACAUCACUAGAAUUUGUUGGUUCAUUUUAUUCAUCAUUUUCAAAUGAUUCAAUUCAUUCAAAUAUAAAAUCUUUAAUUUUAAAUGAUCAAUUAUCUUUUAAAACUAUACCAUUUAUUCAAUCUUUAGAAGGUGGUAGUGGUAAUUGUAGUGGCAAUGGUAGUGGUAAUGGUAGUGGCAAUGGUAAUGGUAAUGGUAGUGGCAAUGGUAGUGGUAAUGGUAGUAUUAAUGAAUCAUCAAAUAAAUUAAGAUAUUUAGAUUUUGGUCAAAAGAAUAAAAGUGGAUAUAGUAAUUAUCAUAAAUGUGAAAUUAAAAAAUUACCAAAUAAUUUAAAAGAAUUGUUAUUUGCAGAUUUUUAUAAUGAAAAGUUAUUUAGGGGUUUAUUACCAAAUAGUUUAACAAGUUUAACAUUUGGUGAUUCAUUUAAUACAGAGAUUAAUGAAGGUUGUUUACCAUCAUCAAUUACUUUUUUAGAAUUUGGUUAUCAUUUUAAUUGUGAAAUUGGAAAGAAUGUAUUACCAAAAGAAUUAAAAGUUUUAAAAUUUGGUGAAUCAUUUAAUAAAUCUUUAAAUAACUAUUGUUUUUUAAAUACAAAUAAAUUAGAAAAGCUUUAUAUUGGUAGAGAAUUUGAUAAGAAAUUUAAAAAAUUUACACUUCCAAACUCAUUAAAAGAAUUAAUAUUUUCAAUUGAUUGUAAAUUCAAUCAUCAAUUAGAAGUUGAUGAGUUACCGCCAUCAUUGGAAACUUUAAUUUUUGGUGAACAUUGUUUUAAAUCCCCCAUUAAAUCAAUACCGACAACUUUAAAACAUUUAUCAAUUAGUUGUAGUCAAUCACUCAGAAAUUUAAAACCAUUUUUAAAGAAUCUUGAAUCGUUAGAAUUAACAUACGUUUUAUUAUAUACUAAAAAACUUUUAUUACAAUAUGAUGAUUUACCAACUUCAAUUAAAUCAUUGAAAAUUAUAGAACCAAAAUUGGUUUCACCAGAAUUACAACCUCAACAUUCAAAAAUACAUUUAUCAGAAGAACAAUCUUUAACAUCACUAUUUUCAAAUCAAUUAUUAAAUUUAACACAAUAUGAAGGUCCAUAUAAUCAAUGUUUAAUAAAAUGUAACUCAUUAAGAUCGUUAACAAUUACGAGUCAUUUUAAAGAUCAAUUUGAAUGUGAUCACUUUUCAACAUCAAUUGUAUCAAUUAAAUUUUCAAGUUAUAAAAAUGAAAAAUUAACACCAAAAGUAUUUAUGAAUAUGAAAAAUUUAAAAUCAAUAAUAUUUGAUUACCAUUUUAAGCAUCCAAUUAGUAGAGUAAUAUUUCCAAAUACAUUAACAAAUAUUGAAUUAGGUUAUGGUAUUCAAGAAGUUAUAGAUUUUAAAAUAUUUCCAAAUUCAUUACGUUCUUUAAAAUUAAAUCAACCAUUAAAUCAAUUAAAUCUACCAAAUUUACCAGAUUCUUUAACUUGUUUAUCAUUAGGUCCAACUUUUCAAGGUACAAUAUCAAGUGAUUGGUUAAAACCAUCAAUUAAUCAUUUAAUUUUAUUUAGUGCUAUGUGUAAAUUUAAAUUUCCAUUACCAAAAUCAACAACAAUUUACACAUAUUAUAAUAAUUAUAAUAUAAUUGAAAAUCAAUUGUGUUUUGAAAAUUUAAUUAAAAAUAAUAAUUUAAAAUUAUGUUCUGGUAAUUUUAUUAAUUCACUUUAUGAUAACUUAAAAAAUAUUUAA